ACGGAUAACGAUAAACCAAAGAAGUUUAGCUUAGAGCACACACCGGCUGGCGAGACGGCAGUCAUCUGCGCGGAAGACGGCGAGACGCACGUAUUCACCGAUACAUACUUAAUAGUAACAAGAUUUAAAAUGAGUGUAUUAUUGUGGUUACAACGCGUAGUGUACUAUAAUCUAUUAACUGUAUACUACAAUGUGUUGAUGCUCAUCAGUUUCGCUGUAGUGUAUAUAAAAAAUCCGUUCUCUAGUCCUUGGGCUCAGAAGUUGAAGUUGGAACCUCCCGCACGACUGACAGACCCUAAAUAUGGGAUGCACAAAUACAUCAAAGUUAAUGGCACAGUACUGCACUAUGUGGAGAGUGGUGACCCUUCGAAGCCUCUUAUGAUAUUUGUCCAUGGCUUCCCGGAGUUCUGGUACUCCUGGAGACACCAGAUUGUGGAAUUCCAGAAGGAUUAUUGGUGCGUGGCAAUUGACAUGAGAGGUUACGGAGACUCAGAACGGCCAGAGGGCGUUUCUUCUUACCAAAUACAACAUCUAGUUGCAGACAUAAAAGAUCUGGUAAUUCAAUUAGGCAGAGAGAAAUGUAUUUUAAUUUCUCACGACUGGGGUGGUUUGAUCGCUUGCCAGUUCCGCAACCAGCAUCCAGAGAUGUUGAAUGGACUAGUCAUGUUGGCCAGUAUAUCGAGCACAGCUUGGGUGCGCGAGAUUUGGAACAACCCUGAACAAAGAAAGCAGUCUUGGUACGUGUUUUUGUAUCGUGCACCAGUGAUACCUGAAAAAGCGCUUCUCAUGAAUGAUCUAGAAAUCUAUGAGAAAGUCAUGAUGCUGCCUGGCAAAACCAAUACUGAUAAAGAAGACCUCGAGUGCUACAAAUAUUGGUUCCGUAAGCCUUUUGCCCUAACGCCUCCCAUCAACUAUUACCGAGCGAACUUCAGAUUCGACUAUCCGGAGAUUGUUGAACACAAAGAGAACGUACCAAUGCUAGUGGCUCUCGCAGCCAAAGACGAUUACCUGUGCCACAGCUUGCUUGACACCAUGAAGAAGGAGUAUACAACCAUAGAGACCACUAUUGUCGACAACACGAGCCAUUUCUUACAACAAGAAGAUCCAGAGAAAGUGAACAAACUGAUCCGAGACUUCCUUACUAAGAAUAAUAUUUAAAUUUAUUUCUAUGAUUUUAUUGUUAUAGCUUUCUAUGUUAAGUGAUUUUCGUAAUAAUAUCUAGACACACGGCAGUGUGUCCGCCAAGUUCGAGCAAAAAAACCGACACACCGGCCGUGGGUUAUAUUACACGAACCAUUUCGGGCCAAGUUCGACCCACCUAUAACUCAAAAUCUAUUUUAUCUACGCAUAUGAAAUUUCUAGUAUCUAUCGAGAUCUACUUACUUAUCUAAAAUACAAAAUUUCAUUAAUGUACCUAUUGUAGAUCUUGCGAUAUUGACGUCAGAAAAUCGCUAUUUUUACUAUACACUCACUGACUGACUCACUCACUCAUCAAAAACCUAGACCACUUCCAAUAGUCGUAUUGACUUGAAAUUUGGCAUGGAGGUAGGUCUUUAGGUCAAGGUAAAGGAAAAAAUCUGAAAAUGGCCAAGUGUGAGUCGGUUUUAAAAAUAAUGAAGGUGUAAAUUCAUACCCCUAAGGAACUAAAACAAAAAAAAUAUCUAUAUCUUCCAAUGGUCGUACCGACCUAAAAUUCGUUACGAAGGUUUGUAUUUAGUCAAAGUAAAGUAAAAUAAGAAAAAAAUAAAAUAAACCUUACAAAAAUAAAUGAAAUCCCACCCAAAACAUAAAUGUGAAAGGAUGCCAAGUUCGAUAAUAUUGGAAUGCUUCGCCUAUAAAAGAAGUGAGAUCUAAAUAAGUAC